AUGUUCGGCCUUCGCAAAGUACUCGUUUUCGGUACUUUGGUGCUUGGUGUCCUCAGCUCACCGAGACAUACGGAAGAGGACGACAAGUCAUUAAUCAACUGGCAUUCUUUCCAGACUCUCCUUGACACCCUUGACCCUGCGACCCUACAUUCCGUCCUCCAUUCGCUGUCUCCCAAGUUCCAAGACGGUGUGUUCAGCAAGGACCGUGCGGCCAUCGAGCACGUCCACUCCGAGAACCCCGCCAUCGCAAGCAAGCUCGUCCAUCUGGCCAAGAAGAGACAAGUCAGCAAUUCCACCACCACCACUACAUCCUCGCAGACCGCUUCUACUCCUGCUCAGAGUAGUGCUGAAGAACAAUCGAGUUCCCGAGCCGCUAGUGUCUCCUCCGUCCUCUCCUCUGCUAUCUAUGCUUCCACCGUGCCUGGGGCCACCACGGUCACCGUUGCUCCUUCGACGCCCACCUCUGCCACGGCUGUGCGGACAUCCGAUGGAGCUGUUGUUUUUAGUACAGUAGGAGGUGGCCUGGUCACCUUGACAUCGUCUGCAGUGGGAGUUCGUUUUACUCCCAGCACAUCCACACACCUCUACUACACCACUCUCCCCGAUGGUUCCAUCGAGACUUCGACGUCGGUGGUGGUGGUGAACGCACCUAUCACGGAUAGUCCCGAUGCCACUUCCGCAGCCGGAGCAGCAGCCACCUCAUCCAGUCCCGGGUUGCAGAACGGUGCGGCCACAAAUAAGAUCGGCACUCUCCUCAUGACUGUCCUCGGGCUCGGAGGUUGGAUGUUUGCUUUAUGA